GGACAUUUUCGCAAUUGGUCAAAAGCAACUCUGAGCGGGAAAACAGAAAAGAAAUACCAAGGCGGGCCUUUCUGAUUCCGCCACUACAGUGGAGCGUCUGGCCCUCUCCCUCUCCCUCUUCCUCUUUCCAGCAUCAAAAUGGAGAGAAUACACGUAACUGUCAGAGCUCGGCCACUCUCGGCGGAGGAUUCGAAGACAAGCCCGUGGAGAAUCUCCGGCAACUCGGUUUUCAUCCCCAACCACUCCACCAAGUUUGAAUUCGAUCGAAUUUUUGGAGAAGACUGUAAGACGGAAGAGGUGUACAAAGCUCGUACAAAAGAAAUUGUUGCUGCAGCUGUUCGCGGGUUCAAUGGCACUGUCUUUGCAUAUGGGCAAACCAACAGUGGAAAGACACAUACAAUGCGAGGCUCAGCCAGUGAACCUGGUGUCAUCCCUCUGGCAGUUCAUGAUUUGUUUGACAUUAUACAAGAGGAUACCGAUCGAGAAUUUCUUCUACGAAUGUCAUAUAUGGAGAUCUAUAAUGAGGAUAUCAAUGAUUUAUUGGCUCCCGAACACCGAAAGCUUCAGAUUCAUGAAAAUCUGGAGAGGGGAAUAUAUGUUGCUGGUUUGCGGGAAGAAAUUGUUGCCUCUCCACAACAAGUUCUUGAUCUGAUGCAGUUUGGAGAAUCUCAUAGGCAUAUUGGAGAGACAAAUAUGAAUGUGUACAGCAGUAGGUCCCACACUAUUUUCCGCAUGAUAAUUGAGAGUCGGAAGAGAACUGAGGAUGAGGAUAUUGGCAGCACCUGUGAUGCUGUCCGUGUGUCUGUUUUGAAUUUGGUGGACCUUGCCGGUUCAGAACGUGCUGCAAAAACUGGUGCAGAAGGUGUUCGGCUCAAAGAGGGUUCCCAUAUUAAUAAAAGUCUAAUGACACUAGGAACUGUAAUUAAAAAAUUGAGUGAAGGUGCUGAAAGCCAAGGAGGUCAUGUUCCUUAUCGAGAUAGCAAACUCACACGAAUUUUACAACCUGCACUUGGUGGAAAUGCAAACACAGCUAUAAUAUGUAAUAUUACACUUGCUCAGAUUCAUACAGAUGAGACAAAAAGCAGUCUUCAAUUCGCAAGUAGAGCAUUACGUGUCACAAAUUGUGCUCAUGUGAAUGAGAUUUUGACAGAUGCUGCCUUGUUGAAGCGUCAAAAGAAAGAAAUUGAGGAGCUUCGUGCAAAAUUGCAGGGUUCUCAUUCAGAACAUUUGGAAGAGGAAAUUCUCAACCUUCGGAACACAUUAUUACAGUCUGAAUUAGAGAGGGAACGAAUAGCUUUGGAGUUGGAAGAGGAAAAGAGAGCCCAAGCUGAACGCGAGAAGGUUUUGCAAGAGCAGGCCAAGAAAAUAAAAAACUUGAGCUCAAUGGUGUUGCACUCCAACAGAGAUGAAAAUCGUGAUCAACAAAAAAAGGGGAAAAGACGGGAUACUUGGUGCCCGGGUGAACUUUCAAGGCAGGCUGUUCAAGAGAUGAUGGAUACUAAUAUCCCAUCAAGAGCUUCUUCCAUAAAACCCAUGAAAGGCAGUCGUGAUAUGGGACCACUCAUUCCUUUUGAUGAACUUGUGACUGAAACUGAAGUUGGGGCAGAUAGCCCCCAGCAAGAUGAAAAUUGUAGCAAUAAUACACUUGAGGAUUGUACUCUUCCUGAUCCAUGCACUUUAUUGCAUGUCACAAAUAGGAGGAAGGUGCCAUUGAGAAAGAAAAGCCUCCUUGAGGACAAUGAAUUAGUGGAAAUGCAAGCAGAAUAUGAGGAAUUGCUUCUAAAAUUUGAAACCCAGAGAACAUUGACUGACAUACAAAUCGAUUGCUUGACAAGACAAUUGGCAGAGGCUGAAUUGUAUUCCUCUGAUACAUAUAAUGAUUUUUCAACCAGUCAUUGCUAUAGAAGUUCCAAUUAUGCGGACAAAAAUGUAAGUUUAAGGGAGUUAGAGGCAAUUCAUGUGAUCAAACAACUUCAAGAAAAGAUUAAGACCUUGGAAGCGGAGAAGUGCUCAAGUCAGCAAAAUCUUAAUAGUGUUGUUGAGCUAGCGACAGAGCAAAAUAUAUGUGCAAGGCAGAAGCUUGAAGAGCUACAUGAAGAACUCAAAAGUGCUCGGGAGGAGGCCAAGGUCACUUGUGAACAGCUUGCUUUGAAGGAAUCUGCAAGAGUAAUUGAUGUGACUUUGGACUCUGAGAUAAAGCUUUCGAUGGAGAUCCAAGAUAUAGUGUCUGAAGUUCAGAACUCUAGGAAAGUUGUUGACACUCUUUCCUCACUCCUAGAUGAGGUUUUCCAGAGUUUAUCUACCAUAUUUGAUGUGUUCAAUGAUUUCAAGGCUUUUGCAUGCGAGAGCUCUCAGAAGCAAAAGUUGAUCAUUGGUAAUCAUGAGACAUUGUAUUGUCACACGAGGCAAAAAAUUGCUGACAUCGAGAAUGAGAAGCUUCUUUUGUACAAUCAAUCUAUUGAGCUCCGGAAAGAGACACUAGAACUGAGACAUGAUGCUCAAAAUUAUGAAGAGUCCUUGAGAUCAAUUUCCAAGCUGCAGGAACUAGAAAAAGAGGAAUUCCUCUCUCAAAUUCAGAGCCUUGAAAAGGAAAUAUCAUGCCUAUCAUCAUGUUCCCUAGCCAAGGAAAAGGAUAACUUGAGAAAAGAUAUUGAGAAAACAAAAGUCAAGUUAAAAGAGACAGAGUUCAAGCUCAAGAGUGUCAUUCAGGAGAAAACUAAACUUGAGGGUGAGAAAGCAUUUGCUGAAAAGGAGAUAAAGCGAUUGAAUGGUCAGAAUACUCGUCUUGAGCGUGACAUUAGUAAACGUGAGUCGCUUGCUGUUAGAAGGCGUGAUUCAGUUGCUGACAGGAGCUCAAAGGUUUUAGAUCCAAAGAAGUCAAAGGGUCUUGCGUCUUCACUAGAAUUCACAAUGCAGGAAGAUUACAGGAAGCUGGAAGUGCUUGCAUUUGAAAUGGAAACAACUAUUGCUUCUUUGGAAGAGGAAGUUGCAGAUGCACAAAACGAAAAGGAAGAGGCCAUAUUUAGAAAUGACACUUUGACUCUAGAGUUGGAAAACCUGACAGAAAAGUUGAAGAUUUCUGUUGCGGAAUUUCAUGUGUUGCAGGAAGAGGUUGCUUGCCUGAGAAAACGGUUGGAAGAAUCUACACUAAACCAGCAAAUGAUGGAAAGUUCUAUCAAAGUGUUGGUACAAGAAAAGGAAGUGUUAGCUAUGCAACUUACUGAUUCCCUCUUGGAAAUGGAGGAGGAGAAAGCAAUAUGGUCUGCCAAGGAGAAAGCUUCCAUUGAAACCAUAGAAGCCAAGACAAAUGUAAAUAAGAUGGAGAUUGCAUCAGUGUCUAAAGCAUUAGUAGAGGUGUGAAGACUCCAAGAUAAUUUGAGGAAAAGGAGAGAGAUUUCAAAGCAGCUAAAAAAUUUGCUUUCUAGCCCACAGGCAUAUUGCACUCAAAUCUCAACAGUAAUUGUAUUCCUUUUUUUGUCGUUUUCUUGUUUAUUCUGCUUGUUUUGCAAUUCCUAAAAUUUUCCCCUGAACUUUAUAAGCUUUUUUUUAUUUUUAAUAUGGUGCUUAAAGCACAAUUUUUCACAAUGUAAAAUAUUAGAUAAUUGCUAGGAUUGCCUUAAUUAGCCUAUUAAAUUCACAAUGUAAAAUAUUAGAUAAUUGUUAAGAUGGCCAUAGUACACAAGUUACCGGAAGAACUUUGUGGCCAACCAUUAAAUUUUAGAUGGCUAUAAAACACAAUUCAUUAGCCCAUUAAAUGCAAAAUUUAAAAUAUUAGAUAAUUGUCAAGAUAGCUAUAAAACACAAUUUAUAGGAAGAACUUUGUGGCCAACCAAGAUACAAUUGCUUGGCUUGUAAAUGGUAUUCAUGGGAAACAAAUUGGGUGGCCAUGAUACCCAUGAAACAUGUGGUCGUGGAAACUCAAUGCUAUUGGCCAGGCUUGAGUGCAAAUCAAAAUCCUAGUAGAAUUUGUUGGGGUUAGUGAGAGUGGAAUUUGGGUCUGAUGUGUCAAAGGGCUAGAGAGUCACUUGAGGUUUCUUCUGUACCGCUCCUUGGUGUGAAUUUCUUUGGUCCUCUUUUUUUGUGCCUUGAAGCCGAAUCACAUUAACCAAUUGGAAAGUCCCAGGCAUGGCACGACAAUAAAUAAUACCUUCACAUUUGUUAAACAAUUACUAAUGCCAAGUUGGCAUUUUGAUGACAAAACAUUAAUAGUUGACCAUCAAUGAAUUUUAUAUGGGCCUAUUUAGGGAUGUGGUAUGUGGAUCCCACCUUUUACCAUACAAAUUAAGUUAGUAAAAGUGAAUACAAUUAUCCAAUGAAGAAAAUACGCAUGUAAUGGUAACCUCGUACAAUUUAAUUUGGCAUUAAUUUAGGGAAGUAAAAAAAAAAGAUCGAAAGCGUUUAUCCAAUUUGAAAUCAUUUUCUUUUUUUUUUUCUUUUUUUUUUUAUUUUGUUAAAUUGUAUACACAUCCUUUCACAUCAGAGUCAAUUGUAUUCAAACUUGUAAGAGCAUAUUCAAAAUUUUUUGAAGUUGCUAAUGUGAAAUAUAGUUAAUUUAUAACUUCACAUCUGAGUCGAUUGUAUUCAAUCUUCUAAGAGCAUGUGCAAAGUUUUUUGAAGUUGCUAAUGUGACAUUUAGUUAAUUUAUAAGUUUUCAUGCAAGGACAUUUAUGGGGGAGUGAUUGAUGGGUAGAUAAGAUUAAAAGAUCCAGUUUUUUGUAAUUAUUUUUAAGUGUCAAAGGGUAAUAACGUUUUGCAAGUUGGAUACUUAGCGUAUUUGAUUUUAAUAUUAAUUUCUUCAAUC